UGGAAGGAGCUCCAGCUCAGCCCAGAAGGUUUUCUCCAGCAGCCGAGAGAAGCUCACAGCCAGCCAUCAUGGUGCACUGGACCGCCGAAGAGAAGCAGCUCAUCAACACUUUGUGGAGCAAAGUGGACGUGGCCGCCUUGGGUGGGGACACCCUUGCCUGCAUGAUGAUCGUCUUCCCCUGGACCCAGAGAUUAUUCACUCACUUUGGGGACCUCUCCAGCCCUGCCGCCAUCUGUGCCAACGCCAAAGUCAAGCAGCACGGCCACAAGGUCCUGGCCUCCUUCGAAGAGGCCAUCAAGAACCUGGACAAGAUCAAGGAGACCUUUGCCAAGCUGAGUGAGCUGCACUGUGACAAACUCCACGUGGACCCCGUCAACUUCGGGCUCCUGGGCGAGGUCCUCAUCACCAUGCUGGCCGCGCGCUUUGGGAAGGAAUUCACCCCUGCUUACCACCAUGCCUUCCACAAGCUGGUCAAGGUGGUGGCUCAUGCGCUGGCCCGCCGGUACCACUGAGACACCCCCAGGGAGAAGCAGCCGCCUCCUGCUGGUCUCGCCACCCACCGGGUGGGGUGGGGGCCACCCCUUCCUGCCCCCAUGUGACGCUUGACCCUCUAAUAAAUCCUUCCUCUGCAAUCUGA